UAUCGGCUGUGAUUUAAUUCAAAGUUUUGUGUGUAACGACGAAAGGGCCAACGCAACAGUGAGACUGGUUUUAAUCAAAACUGCAAUGACGUGGCUCAACGCUCAGAAGUAUUGCAGACAGCAUCACACAGACCUGGCCACUGUUAGGAGUCUAGACGACAACGCACAGAUCACCAACUUGAUUAAGGAUGUGACCAUGGCCUGGAUCGGACUGUACAGGGACUCGUGGAAGUGGUCAGAUCAGGCCAACUUUACUUCCUCAACCCAACUCAUUGCUCAGAGACUCAACACGAAGGGCCAAAACUGUGUCGGUCUAUAUAAUUCUAGUGCUUCCAUUGAUGAUCAAAAUUGCGCUUCAUCUUAUUACUUCUACUGCAGCAUUGUGAGGAGUAAGCAGCAGCUGAUCCGAGUGCAGGUCAAAGCCAGUGAGAACGCGGACGACGCUACAUUGAGUGCACUCGUCUUAAACAAGUUACAGCAGAUGCUGAGCGAUCAGGACGUCACACUCACAUGGAGGAAACAACCGGACGGGAAAAUCUUCCAGAAGAAAAAGACCAGGAACGCCAGUCCUCCAGUUUGCUGAAGUCAUGUUCUUUAUGGAGUGACACUUAUCUCAAACCUAAGCUAUAUUUCAUUCUUAGUUGUAGUCUACAGAUAUCUGAAUUAUACUAGAUGAAUUAGUACAGUCAGUAAACUCCGUCAGUACACUCAAAUUCGUUUUUCAAAUUCAAAUGCUCCCAUGUUAAUCUUCUAUCUCUCCUGACUGCUUUGUCGGACAAAAUGGCCGAUCAUGGCGAAGUAUGAUUGGUCAGAUUACCUGUCAAUCAAGCUCCACGGGAAGCGUCAAUUACUCCAUAGCCUACUCAUUAAUUCAAUAAUUAUCAAACAAUGAGAGAGUGCUCUGGAGUAAUCGUAAAUCCCCAAGUGCAUCGAAGACGAAUUACACUUUUAUCUAGAUUUACCAGAUUACACUGCAACGUAAGUGUAAUAUAAGGAUUUGAUUGUACUCUAUUGUACUCAUUUUUUGUUUAACUACAAACACAUUGACAUUAAAAACAUUGCAUCUCGCUGUAUUAAUAAAAACAUAGCAUAGUUGUAUUAAUUUGGAUUAUUCAGUUCCCCAGGACCUGCAAAAGAAAUUG